CAGAAGACAAAUAUCACAAGUUCUCAGGCCCUAGCCACCCGCUUCCCGGCAGGGCGUGGCUCCCAGUGGCUUCCCCUUAGGUGUUCCCUCCCUGACCUCAGACUGCUAAGUUCCUGCCAGAUAUUUAAGUUUCGUUUCCCGCCGCCACUGCUGGUUCUUCCUCCCGUAGCUUUUCCCCAAAGCCUGUUCUUCUUUCGGGGAGCAGAGAGCGCCAGCCAUGGACCCUAGGCGCGGAAAGGCGACGCGGACAGCGUCGAAGGCGGGAACCGAGGUCCCCAAGGUUUCGGUGCGGAGUUCGAGGGGCGCCCGGACGGAACGCAGUGAGUCUCCAGCUGCCCCCAAGGCCGCCCAGGCCAACGCGGGGAGGGGCGGCUCCGCCAGGGGGUCGGGAUCCCAGCAGAGGAAAAGCGCCCCGGACUCCAGGGAGAGGCCGCAGGUGCGCGCGCCCGGGGCCCGCGCCAAGAAGGCGCCUGUGCGCGCCGGGGACGAGGCCGGCGCUGCCGGGGCGCAGGAGCAGCGGGCUCCGGCGGAGGGGCUGGAGCCUCCCGCCGUUCCAGGGCCGCCCCUUUCCAGGACUGGAUCUCGCCGCCAGGGGGAUGCGCGCUGCCCCCGGGAGCAGAGACCCCCGCCCAGGCCCGCGAAGGUGCCCGGCUCCGGCCCGCCGGUUCCGGCCGCGAGUCUCGGCCUCAGGGAGGCGGCGCCUGGGGGCUGGAAGCUCCGGGCCCCUUAG